UCAUUGGUUGAAACCACAGUCAGAUUCCAACACAACACUAUCUGAUUGAAAAUCAGGGAGGGGAGCAAAAGAAAACAGCAAAAAGUGCGAUGUCUUACAGUGGUUUGGAUUCUGAGUUUUGCGAAAGGAUUUUCGGAAAUAUUUUUAUUUCGGCUGAUUGGAUAUUGUUUUAAUAAGUAAGCAAGCCAUUGCCAAUAUACAGUAAUACGACCACUAUCCUACCUAGCCUACUUGUUAUAAACUAACGCGUCGUCAUGCCACGAUCUUUUUUGGUGAAAAACAAGAGGUGCACAAGGGUCCCUGCAUUUACAGAACCAAAGAGGCCAGAGUCUCCAGUCAGGCCUCAGUCACUGGGUCAGCCCACUCAUCCUGACCCCUAUUCUUACAUGAAAAAUGAACAGGAGCCUGAACGGCCAGUCCCCUUUCACCCUGACCCAACAGGACACUCUGUUACCCCUGCUCUACCACCAUACUACUUAUCAGAGGCUAACAUGGCAGAGCUCCCUGCAUACUACAAGCCCUCCUACACCUGGGACUCUGUACCUGUGCCCUAUGACCUUUGUCCGAUGGGCUUCCCCCCCUCCCUCCUGCAGCACUCCAGCAGCCUGUUUCGGGCUAAAGUCAGCCACAGCCCUGAGCCCCAGCAACCUCUGGACUGCAGCACACACUACUACCCCACCUCGGAAACGUAUCACUGCAUCACCUGUGACAAGGUGUUCUCAACCCCUCAUGGUUUGGAGGUACAUGUCAGACGCUCCCACAGUGGGACCAGACCAUUCGGCUGCAGCAUCUGCAGGAAAACCUUUGGCCAUGCUGUCAGUCUGGAGCAACACAUGAACGUUCACUCACAGGAAAGAAGUUUUGAAUGCAAGAUGUGUGGAAAGACAUUCAAGCGCUCCUCCACCCUCUCCACCCAUCUACUCAUCCACUCCGACACCAGGCCCUACCCCUGUCAGUACUGUGGAAAGAGGUUCCACCAGAAGUCGGACAUGAAGAAACACACCUACAUCCACACAGGUGAGAAGCCCCACAAAUGCCAGGUGUGUGGGAAGGCGUUCAGCCAGAGCUCUAACCUCAUCACACACAGUCGUAAACACACAGGCUUCAAGCCCUUCGGCUGUGAGAUCUGUGUCAAGGGCUUCCAACGCAAGGUGGACCUCCGCAGACACCAUGAGAGCCAGCAUGGCCUGAAGUGACGAGGUUGAGAACAAUGGAUAGAGAAGAAGAGGAAAGAGUGCCUUAGCAAAACAACAUAGCAAAGAAAGAGAAAGAAAGACCAAACAUGUCCCUUAGUGGUGAGCAUCAUGGUACAUCAUGACACAAAAUGGCCACUACAGACACAAUAACUUGCUUUACACAUAUCGUAUUGAAUCUUAUCCUGAGAGUGAAAAGGCAUUUUUAAGUCAGUCAGAGCCAGCAGCUAGCCAGCACCUAACCAGCAGAAAUUAUUGUGUUUACUUGAUAGCUACCUACACAAAUAGCUAGCUAGAACAAAGUGUUAAUAAGAUUAAAAUUCAUUAAAAAGAUUUAAGAGCAAUACUUUUCAUAAAGUAUUUGCUAUCACUUAAGGAGGAACAGCCCUUUGGAAUAAAAUCUAUUUCAACUGAUAUGCAUCUUUUGGGUGCAUUAUGAUGUUGUAUACUUAUGACAGAGGCCUUUAAAGUAAAAUGUGAAGAGAGAUAGGUCUCAUGAUUUUGUUGCAUAAUGUAUUUAAGAAAAAGCUUUAUAUGUUCACAAAGAGUGCGUGUGCCAUUCAAACUAUAGUUAUAAAUGAAUCUUAUGUCAAAUAAAAGGAAGCAAUGGUAUGAAUGAA